CACACACCGGAGGGAGAGGGGAGAGGUAACAUAAUAGCAAAGCUCAGUGCUAGGGCUAGGGGCUUCGAUGCAUGUUCGAAAGAAAGACGCACCGUCUACAAAACAGACCUGCAUCGAAGUCGAGCAGGUGCAGUAUAUGUUGUCGGCAUUUGUCGGAUACGUUUCAGUCGUUCAGGUUUGUUGAGUCCUCGUUUCUCGGUCUUCCAGGUGACGGCCCAAGCCCUGGGGUCCGCCAUGGCCGCGCGGGGUUCCACCGUCCGAGUCAACGCCGGGACGAGGUUCACGCACUGCUCGCAGGUGCUCGCAGCGCUGGCCGUGUCGCUGGGGCCGUUUGCCGCCGGCUUGGGAAAGGGCUACAGCUCGCCCGCCAUCGCCUCGCUCCAGGAACAGCAGCGAGUGCCGCUCGACCCCGGGGGGGCCGCCGGGGCCGUGGGGGGCGGCGGCGGCACCUCCGCGGGCUUCACCGUCUCGCCGCAGCAGGCCAGCUGGGUGGCGUCGCUGUCGCUGCUGGGUGCGCUGUUCGGCGGCCUCCUGGGCGGCAUGGCGAUGCGCUACGGCCGGCGCAAGGUGCUGCUCGUCACCGCCGUCCCCUUCAGCGCGUCCUGGCUCGUGACCGUCUUCGCCACCAGUGUCGAGAUGAUGUUCGUCACCGCCUUUGUGGGCGGCUUUUGCUGCUCCAUCGUACUGCUCGUCACGCAGGUGUACGUCAGUGAGAUCGCCGGCCCGGACAUCCGAGGCUGCCUCAGCGCCGUGCUCAAGAUGGUGGGGCAGGUCGGCGUGCUGCUGAGCUUCCUGGGAGGCGCCUACCUCGACUGGCGCCAGCUGGCGCUUGUCGUGGCCGUCGCCCCCAUCAUGCUGUUCGUCAGCGUGCUCUACGUCCCCGAGACGCCGUCCUACCUGGUGCUGGCCGGCAAGGACGACGAGGCGGCGCGGGCGCUGCAGUGGCUGCGCGGCCCCGACACGGACGUGGGGCCCGAGCUGGCCGUCAUCCGCUCCAACAUCCUGUGCGCGUCGGGCAUGGACGACUCCACCCCGCCCAGGAGCCCGGCCUCCUUCAUGACGCACAGUCACCGCAUGCUGCGGCCCGCACUCACCACCUGCGGGCUCAUGCUCUUCCAGCGCUUCUCCGGCGCCCAGGCCUUCCAGUUCUACGCCGUGCCCAUCUUCAGGCAGACGUUCGGCGGCAUGAGCCCUCACGGCGGCGCCAUCGCCGUGGCCUUCGUGCAGCUGCUGGCCUCGCUGCUCUCCGGGCUGCUCAUCGACACGGUGGGCAGGCUGCCGCUGCUCAUCGCCUCGAGCGUGUUCAUGUCCAUGGCCCUGGCCGGCUUCGGCUCGUUCGCGUACUACAUGGACGCGCAGGGCGACAGGGGCGCGGCGCUGGGCGGUAGCCAGGACUGGAUCCCGUUGCUGUGCGUGCUCGUCUUCACCGUGGCCUUCUCCCUCGGCAUCAGCCCCAUCUCGUGGCUGCUCAUCUCGGAGCUGUUCCCGCUGCAGUACCGCGGCGCCGGCUCCUCGCUCGCCACCAGCUUCAGCUACGCGUGCGCCUUCGUGGGCGUCAAGACGUUCGUGGACUUUCAGCAGGCGCUGGGCCUGCACGGCGCCUUCUGGCUGUACGCGGCCAUCUCCGUGUGCGGGCUGUGCUUCGUCGUGUGCUGCGUGCCCGAGACCAAGGGCCGCGACCUGGACGAGAUGAGCCCGCGCUGGAACACGGCCGCCUCCGCCCCGACGGCCACGGCGGCGGCGGGCGUGCGCGUGCAGCCGCCACCGCCGCACAUGGCGCCCAACGUGGACCACGGGGGCCACCUGGGCCACAUGGGCAUGGGCCACCUGGGCAUGGGCCACACCACGGGCCACCACCACCACAUGGGGCUGGGGCCGCCGCUGGGGCCGCCCGGAGGGGCGUAACUAGGGGCCCCGCUGUUCCCACCCCCCGUCGCGCACGGGGCCCCCCACCGGCCCCAGCCCCGACGGGGGCCCACCAUGCCCGCCAUGCCGCUGGGGCACUCGGGCCUGGCGUGGUGGCAGCACGCGCAGAGGGGCACCUCGGCACACCGGGGUAGCGCGCGCGAGGUGCUGGUGUAGGAGCAGCGGGCAGUACAGGACAAAGUCUGGGGCGGGCGGCUGGGACAGAACAGCGAGGCCAGUAUGGCGUGGUAAGUAUGCGAGCGCAUCUGUCCUUGCUGUCCGCCGGGAGCAUUCUCCAUCCCGUUACAUAAGGUUCUGGCAGAAUUUUGAUAAGUGUGGGAAAAGUAAAGGAGAAAUGCCCAAUGUCUAUACAUUUCUAUUCUCAUACUCCCUUUUUUUAGUUUUUCACUUUGGAAAGUUUUUUUAUUGAAAAUUUUGCAGAGCUGGAUCUCUGUUGAGUUAUGGAAUGGCAAAGAAAGUUAACUUGGGAUGACUCGUACAUCCUCUGCACAAAACAAUCAGAAAGACAGCACAAAAUGUGAAACAUUUUCUGCAUAAGCCAAAAAACAUGCAGAGGUAAGAUAUGGGUUGAUUUGUAAAUUUGUGACAAUACAUUUGUACUUUGUGCCUUCCUUGAUUGUUAAUUCUCUAAUGGGAAACAUUUCCAGUUCACUUUUGAAUGCUGUGCUAUAUCUUACUAAUAUCAGGCAUCUUUUGAUUGGUAUGAACUUACAUCAACUUGCGGUGCCCGUUUAGGAGAGUAUAUUUUAUAGCAAAUUACAAUCUGUUACAUCUUUUUCUAUUUA